ACCUGCUUGAAUGACUUUUUGCUGCGUUUUGAUUGGCUGCUUCAACCAAAUCCUCUUGAGUAACUUGAACCAAGCCUUAGGACGGGGAGGAGAAGGACAGAUCAAAAUCCAACCUGGGGAAGAUCUCUGCAGACUCUCAUUUAAAAGUUCAGUUUGUUGGAUUUUAACCAAAUCGAUUUUUAUUUAUAACGUCGUAAUACUAAUUCCAUUGCCACCCUAAAACCGCUCUCCAGCAUCUCUGCAACGUUUACAUCGAAUAUGUUUUUGUUUGAACUGAAACCCGAGUACAUUUGGACCAAUUCCAUCUAGCCUGCUGAUCCUCUUUUGAUUGUGUGCUGCUAUUGUGGAAUGCGCAUGAUUUAGCAAUUUGCAUGAAAUUUACAAAAGCACUGACAUCACUGCAUUGCAUUGGGAAACAGGGAAAAGGACAGAUCGUUUUUUUUUUUUUUUUUUUUUUUGCCUUUAUCUAAUUUCAAGAUCGGAUCUAGCGAUCCAAGGCACAUUUAUCUUUGUUUUGUAUUUAUUUAUGUAUUUAUUCAUUUUCUGGAGUGAUCUUUAUGUGGAGAAUGUAAUGCGAAAGAAAAACGAGUGUUUUCAAACUAGAAACCUUUUAAGUAGCCGGUGUGUUUUUGUGGGGAAAUAAGAUGGCUAAAAAUUCAUUGGAUGGAUCUAAGGAAGACUUGAGUAAGGUAUCUGACGAGGAGCUGCUGAAAUGGACCAAAGACGAUUUGAUCAAAAGGCUAAGAAAAGCAGAGAAUGAAAAAAUGAACUUGAUGGUGGAGCAUGGGAACAUGAUGAAAGAUGUGAACAAGAGACUGCAGGUUCACCUUCACGAGAUAAGGGGUCUGAAAGAGAUCAAUCAAAAGCUCCAAGAUGACAACCACGAAUUUAGGGAGCUUUGCUGUUUCUUGGAUGAUGACCGGCAAAAAGGCAAGAAGUUGUCCAGGGAAUGGCAGAGGUUUGGCAGGUACACAGCUAGUGUCAUGUGGAAGGAGGUUGGCGGGUACCAACAAAAACUGAAAGAACUAGAAGCUAAACAACAGGCAGUUAUGAGGGAUAACAUGGAGCUCAAAGAGAUUAUCUUGAUGCUGGAUGAAGACAGGAAUGGAGCUGGGUCCAGGAGCUCCAUAGACAGCCAGUCAAGCCUGACCAAUUUGAAUGGAGGUUCCAGCAUCCUGAGAGAUGUUGGGGAUGGGAGCAGCACCUCCAGUACUGGGAGUGCUGGGAGCCCCGAUCACCAGCACAACCAUCUUCACCAAAAGCCAGGGGAGACGAAGAUUGGGACCAUCAGAAGGUCAAUGGAUGAUCUCACAGCACCCCAUCACCACAGGAGCAUCCCCAAUGGGUUGAAUGAUCCAUCUUCAAACUACAUCCGGCAGUUGGAGACAAAAGUCAGAAUUCUAGAAGAUGACAACAAGCUUCUGUCACAGCCCCGUAACCGCAAUAGUUUACCAAGAGCGCUUACUAAGCAGAGCAGUUCUGGAGAUUUAAAGACCCUUCGGAAAGGCUUCUCUCUGUACCACUCGGAGAGCCAGUUGACAUCACUGCCACAAUACCAGGAGUCUCUGCAAAGCGGCUCCGUGCGACUGGCCCCUGGGGAUUCCUCAUCACCUUCAGUGGGGUAUAUUCCUUCAGCCCAAAAACCAGAGGCAGUGGUACAUGCCAUGAAGGUCCUGGAAGUCCAUGAAAACCUGGACAAGCAAGUACCAGAACACUACGAAGAGGACCUUAGUGAGAAGGAGAAAGCGAUUGUUCGUGAAAUGUGUAACGUUGUUUGGCGGAAGCUGGGAGAUGCUGCUGGCUCCAAGCCAUCCAUUAGGCAGCAACUCUCUGGAAACCAGUUUAAGGGACCUUUGUAGUUGCGGAAGGCUUCAAAAAAAAUGAAUAAACGGACCUUUGAACAGUGAGGCUCUUUGCAUGGGACAUUUUGUUUAACCAGACCUCUUUCAUUUGACUGUAUGUACAUAAUAUCUUCUGAUGGAGACUGUUUAUGGACUAAAUUUCAUGGGUUGAAAAACAACUUUGGAUACUGCACCAUUUUACCAAUCACGACACUUAGUAUUACCUUUAGACUAAAAACUUGUUUUAAAUUAUUAGCCAAGCAAAUACUAACAGGUAUCUGACCAAGAAGUAUUCAAGACUGGCAGCUAGUUUUACAUUUUUGUCACUCCAGCUUACUGCCUACUGUGUUAAUUGGUUUCUGGUCUGUGCUGUAUGUAGAAAACAUGUACAUUGAAUAGCUUUUCAAAGGUUUAAUUAAACUUUUCCUAAUACAAGGCUCACUUCUUGUGAAGCUGCAUUUGGUUUGUACAUCAUUUCUGUAUAAAAUAACAAUAAGGAGACCUACUUUUCUGAACCAUGUUUGUUAUUACCAGAAAAAAAAGUAACUAACCACUGGCACUUUUAUGGAAGAUAACUGUCCUUUACCUUGUUUUCUUUGAGAAUUUAAGAUAAGCUAUUGUUAAAGUAAUGUUUACUUAAUUAAACAAUACUUUUUAUUUUAGUUAGUGGAUUAGGGACAUAUUUAAAAUAUAUAUCCUACCAUAGCAAUAGCACAUUGUCACAAUUUGUAACUGCACCGUGGUAAUGUUUGUUCAUAACACCUACAACACCUGCACCUGUUUUUAAAACCGCAUUAAGGCAUUAUUGGCCAUAUAAAGUUUGAAACUGGAAAACAUUGAACACUUGCUGCAAUUGCACACCAAGUAUACCUUUUUAUAAUUUAUACAUACAAGUAUAGUCUUCAUAUUGCACAAGUAAUAUAUUACUAUCAAAAUUAACAGAAAUAUUUAUCAAAAUAAAUAAUUAAAAAAAUCUAAAUGCACAAAAUCUAAACUGUACUGCUUUAGUAUUAAGUAUAACCUUAACCAAUAAAAAAUACUUUGGUUUCCCUGUUACUUAAAUAUUUAGUUUCACCAAACAAUGGAAGUGAAUGAAUGAUUUCAGCUUAAAAUGUCAAUCUUGAUUAAUAAAGUAUGGAUGCUGCAAAUUACUUCAUCAAUAGCAGUGUACGUUUAUGCAAAUGUUUAGUCACAAAAUAAUGAUGUGUCAACAAAAACAAAAAAAAAAACCCCAAAACACUGCCUAUGGUUUUGGUAUUUGUCCAUUAAGUAAACAAUAUUAUCUUAUUUGCUGUAUUUCAGUUUCAGUUCAAAAUAAAGUAUUUAACCCUAGAUUACAUUAGAUACAUGUACGGUUUCAUUUUUAAAUAAAAACGCAAUAACUACUUUCGUCAUACUGAGCUUUUGUAAAUAACAGAAUCUAAAUUAGUACACAAAUCAUACAUUCAAUCUAGAACAGGGCCAACUGCAAUUGUACACUCAUUUGGGUCUAAAAAAGUGUUUGGCAAUGGAAAAAGUAACGUUUAAAAAAAAAAAAUGCAUAGAAAGACUGCAUACUACUGACUUUUUAUAUAAACUAAUUUGAAUACAGAACAAUAUAAAUUUUGAAUAUUUUCAUAAUGUGACAUUUUUUAAAUGUGCUGCUUCUUUUGUGAAUGAGAUUUUGAUUUGGAAUCUGUAAUUUUAUUAAAGUUCUGUUGUGUUUUCUUUUCUUUUUUUCUGUUAAUGAUACACUAUACUGGAAAACCUGAAAUCUACAUCAUUACGUAAAUAUGAAUUAAUGUAGUGUGAAUAGCAUGCACCUGUAACCUCUAAAGGAACUGUAAUUUUUUUUUAUGAAGUGUAUUUAGCAGAAGAUGGAUUGAUAUUUUUAGAAAAUUAAACUUGAUCUCAAAUAGACCAGCCGAUUUUUGAAAAAAUAAAAAGCACAUUCUUUGCA